AUGCUGUUACGUCCAACGCUCCCGAAGCCUCCUCUUUUUCGGCAGCAAUUCUGCGAAACUACGAGAAGCUACGCGGUACAGGCUCCAGGGGCAGCAACCCUAGAGGUAUUCAACCGGAGGACAAAACUCCUGCAGAAGGAGCGGGCGGGGAGAAAUAUCAAGCUUGGUCGCAAAGUUGACUAUCUUAAAGACGAGGUCGCAUUUCGCCUGAGUGAGCGGUUACUUGAUAUCAACCGCCAAUUCCCAAACGUUUUAGAUCUGGGCGCAAACAGUUGCAAUAUCGCGAAAGCACUCACGCAGCCAAUCCCUCCUCCAGAGCAGGAACCCAGAGAUGAAAAUAAACAGGCACGGGAGCAAAAUGAUUCUGAAGCGGCAGUGUUAUCACCACAUACUACUGUCGGAAGUCGAAUUUCAACGCUAACGUGCAUCGACGAAUCCCCCUCCCUCCUAUACCGCGAUGAAGAUCUCCCAUUCAAUUCCCGGCUGAAAAUUACACGCCAAGUGGUUCCCACUCUAGAAUCCCUCCCUUUUGGACCCAACACCUUCGACGCGGUCCUCUCCUCCCUCUCGAUCCAUUGGAUAAACGAUCUCCCCGCUCUCCUGACACAAAUAAACCAUAUCUUAAAACCAGACAGCCCUUUUAUCGCCGCAAUGUUUGGCGGCGAUACACUCUUCGAACUACGCACGUCUUUGCAGCUAGCAGACCUUGAACGGCGCGGAGGCGUGAGCCCGCAUAUCUCACCCUUGGCUGACGUCCGGGAUGUCGGGGGAUUGCUAGGAAAAGCUAACUUUAAGCUACUUACGGUUGAUGUGGAGGAUAUUGUGGUGGAGUAUCCAAAUACGUUUGCCUUGAUGACUGAUUUACAGGCAAUGGGGGAGAGUAAUGCUAUUCUGCGACGUGAGGCGGGACCGAUAUCAAGGGAUGUUUUGUUAGCUUGCGAAGCUAUAUAUAGGGAGCUACAUGGGGAAGGGGGGAGAGAAGGGAUUCCUGCUACGUUCAGGUUGAUAUAUAUGAUUGGGUGGAAAGAAGGAGCAGGACAGAGGCAGCCGUUGGCCCGUGGGAGUGGGGAGGUGAAUCUGAAGGAUAUACUGGGUGGAGGGGAUUUUGAACAGCGGUGA